GAAAUCGCACCAUCCGGUCAGAGCGCCAACAAGAGUGCGACAGUGAGCAGCAGGGUGGCUUCUAUUGCCCAGAAUCGGGUCCUAUCGCGAACGACCAUCUCAGAGUAAGGAUAUCCUUCGCGCGAUGCGGUUCGUUUAGUACGGCUCUCGUGCACUACUAAAGGUGGAAAUCUUACCCUUCAAACUUUGCGAAGCAGGUAAGAGAUCCUGCGACGCAGCAAAUGGCACAAAGUGUGAAAGUGGAAAAAAUGUGACGCAUUGGCAUUGGAAAAACGGAAAACAGCUGCAUUGAACAGCGAGUGAAAGAUUCUAUCCUUAUCGUAGUUCCUAUCGCAGUGCACAAAGAAAAUGCUGAUGAAAAUCAAUUUCUUUUGGUGAAGAGUAUUUGCUCGGACUGGUGUUCGCAUCCCGGGAAGGAAGUGAGAUUUUAAGGGAUAGAUGCCAAAACUUGGCAAGUGAAAAAAACGUUUAAUGAUCUGAGCAGUGCAAAUGCGCAGCACUGCGAGUCACUACUCCACGAAGAUGACAGUGAAAACGAUUGUUUGAUGGGUGAAUUUCUCAUUGCAAGUGUCACCUGUGUUGGCUACUACUGCUUAGUUACGCAGUUUUCCGGGCUCUAAUCGCCAUUCAAACACACAUACACACACUCUCUCUCCCUCCCAUACGAGCAGUGCCGGAUGCUGGGCCGAACAAACCGUCUGACGCACGUGUAAAAUUGAGCCUGAGAGGUGGAAAAGUGAGCGAAAGCAAUGUUACAGCACCAUGAAAUCCGCCAACGAAUCCGACUGGGAACCCCUGCUCGAAACGGACGGGAGAAGCUCGAAGCGACCGCAGUCUGGUGGAGGGGCGCCGGCGGUACCUACCUGUACUACCAAUAGACGGGACGUCAAAGGCUCACACCAGGACAAAUGUGGACGCAUUCGCCUGACCGUGCUGGUGUUGCUCGUCUUUAUCACCUUCUACCUGUCACUGUCCACAAUCGACAUACGGCCAAUGGUGCAUCAGAUGGUGGUCACCAUUCCGGACGAUGACGAAGAUCUUCCAGGACCAAGAGGCUCAGCCUCGCCAAACGUAGUAUUAAAAUCCACAACCAACCAAAUCAUUCCCGUUAUUCCACACACGGUACACCCGGAAACUGACCAUUCCAAUACCAUCGACAUUCCCUACAACCAAACGAGCGCAGUGCCAAAAGGAUUCCUAGUGUGGGGACCAGGAUGUAAGAUGCUGGACCUCGAUCCGCUGGCGGAUGAUGUGAUGCGACUGUUCCACAAGGAGCGGUUUGUGCCCUGUUCACCGAAACAACCGCUAACAUCGAUCGAGCAGACGUUCGAAAACGAUACGGUGGUGUUACGAUUUCACCGGGAUCUCGCUACCAGUCAUCUGCCACACUACAUGAAAUACAUCGAAUGCUGCUACCAAAGCAUCCAACGAGCCGGCACUAACGAAAAGGCUGAUAAGGAUUAUAAGUUAAGCGAGUGUAAAUAUUUUUCCGAAGACGUGCAACUGCCCCCGAAUGUAACCGAUGGUGUGUUGGUCCGCUGCAAGGGCAGCAUAUCGCGCAACAGUAAAACGCGCAAAGCGGUGUACACGAAUGCACACGCGUUCAUCCGUGCAAAGCCAGUGGUGCGGCAGCGACUGGAUCGUUACCGCCAAAGCUACCAGCAACGUCCGCUCAGUGUGCUGAUGGUGGGCAUCGACAGCAUCUCUCGGCUUAAUCUGAUCCGAGCGAUGCCACAUACAGCGCAGCAUCUUUACGAUACGGGCUGGUACGAGCUGAAGGGUUACAAUAAGAUCGACGACAACACAUACCCGAACCUGAUGGCGAUUCUGACCGGGUAUAACAGCAGUCUUGCGUACGGUUUGUGCAAUCCCCGCCAGGUGGGCCAGCUGGAAACGUGUCCUUUCAUGUGGAACUAUUUCGCCGACAGCGGCUACGUGACGGCAUAUGCCGAAGACGAGGCCAGCAUCAACACGUUCAACUACCAUAAAUUUGGCUUCGUGAAGCAACCCACGGAUUACUAUUUGAGACCGAUCGCCCUAGCCGCGGAGAAGUACUUGACUAAGAAGACGAAAAAUUCGCUAACGUUUUGUCUAGGCUAUCAGAACUACGCUGACUUCAUCUACCAAUAUGCACUGGAUUUCGCCUCGUUCUACAAGGAUGAGCCAAGCUUCGGACUGUUUUGGACCAACACUUUCAGCCAUAAUGAUAUCAGUGAUCCGUCCUGCAUGGACGCACGGAUGAAGUUCUACAUUGAGGAAUUGGAAAACAGAGGAAUUUUGAACAAUAGUAUGGUAGUGUUUUUCAGCGAUCAUGGGCUGCGCUUCGGCGCAGUUCGGUCGCUGUUAACUGGUUGGCUCGAAGAAAGACUGCCUUUUAUUUUUAUCUGGUUACCAGAAUGGUUCAAAGAACAACACCCGGAAAUAGUACAAGCAUUGAAGAUCAACCGAAAUAGGUUAACGAAUCCAUACGAUCUGCACGUGACACUAAAACAUGUGCUCGAGUUGUCCGAGAGGAUUGACAACCUGCCGGCACCUCUCAGUUGCGCCAACUGCCAGAGCCUUUUCCAGGAGAUGCCUUGGAACAGAUCCUGCGAGGAGACAUCCAUAGCGUCGCACUGGUGCACCUGUGCAGCCUUCGAGGAGAUUGACAAGGAAUCUAAAAUCGUACGCGCUGCAGUUGACUUCGUCAUCGAUUCCAUCAACCAAGAUUUGUCGGAUCACCAGAAAAAUCUAACGAAAAAAUUGUGUGCCAAGAUGCAGCUGAAGUCGAUCUCGCUAGCCAAGCUGGCGAAGUACCCGAACGCGGAGGUGCCUCACAACGAUUACCUGCUGAUAUUCGACGGCAAACCUGGCAGUGGUAAGUUCGAGUCCACGGUGCGACACUACACCAAGCGGGGUGCGUUCGAGGUGACCGGAUCUAUCAGCCGGCUGAACGAGUAUGCUAGUCAAAGUGAGUGUAUGCAUAUAGAUUAUUUGCGCAAGUAUUGUUACUGCUUGCGACGGAAGGGAGGUUAGAUUAUACUUAUAGGGCCCGAGAAGGACUAACAGAUGAAUACUGUGACAAUAAGUUUAAAUUCGUAUACCUAGUUUAGAGAAUCUCUUACCUUACAGGCUGAGCCCGCCAUGUUGUUUACCCUUCUUCACAUGCAGACCAUCCAAUUUGUUCUCAAGUCUAGGUUCUUAGUCUUAGAUAUCAACAACACAACUCAACAUCAUAUUUCAAGCAGUAUUGAACAAUUUUCAUCGUUUUUUGUUGAGGAACAAUAUAAGAUCUAUAACAUUGCUUUACCAUUUUUACAACCAUCCAGUCUGACAGCCAAAUUUCGUACCUAAAUAUUUCCUCUUAUUAUAUAACAAAACAAAAAGUUAAGAAAAUAAAAUCAAAAUCGCUGUAAAUCAACUGUAGAACCGUAGCACAAAGAAUAGCUUUGCAGAAACCUUAAACAAAAGUAGCCCAAGGAAAAAUUUAUGAAUGGCUUUUUCCUACCAGUGAAAACGAUAUCGAACAAUUUUUCCUUAGAUGAAAAUAUUUUCUUUAUUUACUCUGAGAGAGAGAAGACAUUACCUUAGUGGUUAGAAACAAAAGAUAGCUAUUUUUUAUUACUGUUAGAACUAUUAAACGAUCAUCAGUACAUAAGGAAAUAUUCGUUCCAA